AUGUCCUGGCAUGCUCAGAUACAAAAGGACGCUGUGCUCCAAGCCCAAAAUGUUUUGAAUCAAGCCAGUAGUACUAUCGUCGAAAACAUGCCUUCCAUGCGAACCCUCUCCGCUGCGGCGUUGGCUGCCUUUGGCUCCGCGCAGACCGUGUUGGGACUGCAAUAUCACAGCCCUCUCGCUCGUCAGGCCCAACAGGGUGAUUCCGCCAUCUGUGGCUCCACCGGCCCAUACAGUUGCCAGAACACCACUGCCCAGGCCAACUUGUGCUGCUUCAACGCCCCCGGCGGUGCCCUUCUCCAGACUCAAUUCUGGGAUACCGGCUACUCGCUCAACAGCUGGACCAUCCACGGUCUCUGGCCUGACAACUGCGAUGGCACCUACGAAGCCAACUGCGAUGCCUCUCGCGCCUACACCAACAUCACUCAGAUCCUCCAGGCCUAUGGCAAGACCGAUCUCUUGAGCUACAUGCAGAACUACUGGGUGUCCAACAGUGGAACCGCCGAGUCCUUCUGGGAGCACGAAUGGGGCAAGCACGGUACUUGCAUCAGCACCCUCGACCCCGAGUGCUACACCCAGUACGAGGCCACCGAGGAAGCCGUCGACUUCUUCGAGAGGACCGUAAGCCUCUUCAAGACGCUCCCGUCCUACGACUGGCUCGCCAACGCCGGCAUCACCCCCUCCUCGACCAAGACCUACACCACCGCCCAGAUCCAAUCCGCGCUCGGCCAGAACCGCAACGGGAAGCAGGUCUACCUCGGCUGCCGCAACGGCGCCCUCAACGAGAUCUGGUACUUCUACAACGUCCGCGGCAGCGUCCAGGACGGCACCUACCAGCCCUCGGACCCCAUCGGCUCCAGCUCCACCUGCCCCAGCACGGGCAUCAAGUACCUGCCCAAAUCCGGCAGCACGCCCCCGCCGUCCAGCACCGCGACCACCACCGCCGCCCAGCCGACCUCCACCGGCGGCACCGGCUCCGGCAACUUCGCGGGCUCGGGCUUCCUCAACGUCGUCAGCGGCGGCGCCCAGAACGGCUGCAUCAUCUCCGGCGGCACCUGGUACACCUCGGGCACCUGCGCGACCUUCACCGUCACGGCCAGCGGCGGCGGCUUCACCCUGAAGUCCUCCAAGGGCAACUGUGCCGUGCAGUCCGGCGCCCUGGUCUGCGCGUCGACCGUCUCCAGCGCGACCGUGUUCAGCGGCAACGGCAACACCCUGCUGUACGCCGGCUCGUCCGCCUUCUCGACCGAUUCGACCCCGUCCGGCAGCACCCAGGCGACCGUCUACUCCGGCAGUGGACGCGCGAAAAUGUCGUCGUCCCAUGGGGAUUCCUCCAGGCACCAAGCACCCCCCGGGAGUCCUCGCGCACGCCCGCCCUUCCAACCUCCCGCCGCCAGCACCCCCACCGGCAUCCUCUCCACCAUCUCCUACUUCACCGAACCCGUCGCCUACACCAUCUCCGGGCUGGUCCGCCGCAUCUCCAUCGACGAGGCCCCCACCCCUCUCGCCAAAGCGCUCAGCGCAAACUACAACAGCACCAUGCCCUCCUCCUCCGGCGACGUCUACCACCCACCGCGACGACGCCUCUCGCCCUUCCAGCCGCCGCCCCUCACGCCCCUCAGCCUCCACGGCUACCGCGACACGACCUCCCCCCGCGCCCGCCUCCUCCACCGCGCCGUGGCCGAGGAGAUCCGCCUCCUGACCCCUCCCCGCCUGCAGCUCACCGAGCGCUGGAACCUGAUCUACUCGCUCGAACAGCACGGCUCGACGCUGUCGACGCUGUACGCGCUCUGCGACGCGCACCGGGGCAAACGCGGCGGCUUCGUGCUCGUCGUGCGCGACGGCCGCGCCGGCGUCUUCGGCGCAUACCUCUCCGAGGCGCCCCGGCCGCAGCCGAGCUACUACGGCAGCGGCGAGUGUUUCCUCUGGAAGGCCUCGAUCUUACCCAAGAGCUCCCUGGCCUCCUCGACCAACCUCCUGCCGGAUCUGGAGGGCUUGGAUUUAUCGGGCCUGCCGCCGCCGCCGAGCGCGGACACGACGCACCUGGACGCGAGGAUCACCACGAUCGCGGCGACGAGCGCGCUGUCGCGGAGGAACUCCGGCGCCGACGCGGUCCGGAACGGAUCGACCUCCUCUUCCGCCUCUGCGUCGGACCCACAACAUCAACAACAACAAGAUCGAAAUCGAAAUCAGGACCAGCACCCUCCCUCCUCCCCGACGACCUCCGACCGCAUCCGCUUCAAGGCCUUCCCCUACUCCGGCGAGAACGACUUCACCAUCUUCUGCCAGCCCGAGUACCUCAGCGUCGGCGGCGGCGACGGCCACUACGGGCUCUGGCUGGGCAGGAACCUGAGCGAGGGCGUGAGCGCCACCUGUCCGACCUUCGGGAACGAGCCGCUCAGCGAGGAGGACGGCGUCGGGAACGGCAAGGGCGCGGGGAAGGGGAGGUUCGAGGUGCUCGGGGUGGAGGUCUGGGGGAUCGGGGUUUGA